GGCAGGUCCUGUGCAUAAUCCACCAUCUCGCUCACAGGCUCGCCGCCCCCGCCGGCAAUGGAGGGCGUUCACAGCCUCCUGGCCCGGCCCAACUCCGCGCCGUUCGCCUUCUCACCGCUGCCCCUCCGCAGGAGCCACAGGCCGCCACCGCCUGGCCCCUCCACCUGCCGCGCCGCCAGCCGCUGGGCCGACCGCCUCUUCGCCGACUUCCACCUCCUCCCCGCCGCCGCCGACCCGCCAGCCGCGGCCUCCUCUUCCUCCUCGUCCCCGUUCGUCCCGAUCUUCCCCGAAGCCGCCGACCGCGCCUUGCCCCUCCCGGUCGACUUCUACAAGAUUCUUGGUGCGGAGCCACAUUUCCUAGGCGAUGGCAUUCGGAGGGCGUUCGAGUCGCGGAUAGCUAAGCCACCUCAGUAUGGGUACAGCACAGAAGCUCUUGUUGGGCGACGGCAAAUGCUGCAGAUUGCCCAUGAUACUCUCACAAACCAGAGCUCGCGCACCGAGUACGACCGUGCGCUUUCCGAGGACCGUGAUGCGGCACUCACCAUGGAUGUUGCCUGGGAUAAGGUUCCAGGUGUGCUGUGUGUGCUUCAGGAGGCUGGGGAGGCACAACUGGUGUUAGCAACUGGAGAGCACUUGCUUCAGGACCGUCCACCUAAGCGGUUCAAGCAGGAUGUGGUGCUAGCAAUGGCAUUGGCUUAUGUGGACAUAUCAAGGGAUGCUAUGGCAGCAAGCCCUCCAGAUGUAAUCUGCUGUUGUGAGGUGCUUGAGAGGGCACUGAAGCUCCUGCAGGAGGAUGGUGCAAGCAAUCUUGCACCUGAACUGCUUGCACAGAUUGAUGAAACUUUGGAGGAGAUUACACCUCGUUGUGUAUUGGAGCUUCUUGCUCUUCCUACUGAUGAAAAACAUAAAAAUAAACGCCAAGAAGGUCUGCAAGGUGCAAAAAACAUAUUGUGGAGUGUUGGCAGGGGUGGUAUUGCUACUGUUGGAGGAGGAUUUUCUCGUGAGGCCUUCAUGAAUGAGGCUUUCUUGCAGAUGACAUCAGCUGAGCAGAUGGAUUUCUUCUCUAAAACACCGAAUAGCAUACCACCUGAAUGGUUUGAGAUCUAUAGUGUCGCACUUGCCCACAUUGCUCAAGCAAUUGCAAGUAAAAGGCCACAAUUCAUCAUGAUGGCAGAUGAACUCUUCGAACAACUUCAGAAGUUCAAUAUAGGUUCUCAAUAUCCUUAUGAAAACGAGAUGGACCUCGCAUUAGAAAGGGCACUCUGCUCGUUACUUGUGGGGGAUAUUUGCAAUUGCAGAAUGUGGCUUGGAAUUGAUAAUGAGUCCUCGUCAUAUAGGGACCCCAAAAAUAUCGAGUUUGUGGUGAAUAACUCUAGCAUGAACGAAGAGAAUGAUCUUCUUCCAGGGCUGUGCAAGCUCUUGGAGACAUGGCUUGUCUCCGAGGUAUUCCCAAGGAGCAGAGAUACCCGAGGGACGCAGUUCAGACUGGGAGACUAUUACGACGACCCAAAAGUUCUAAGCUACUUAGAAAGGAUGGAAGGCGGUGGUGCUUCCCAUUUAGCUGCAGCUGCCGCUAUAGCAAAACUUGGUGCUCAAGCUACUGCUGCGCUUGGUACUGUAAAAUCAAGUGCUCUUCAAGCUUUCAGUAAGGUUUUCCCAUUGACAGAACAGCUAGACAUGUCAGGCAAGGAUAUCCCAAGUGAUGAUCUUGAUAAAUCUCUUGAAAAACUCGCCCAAGGAAGUGUUGCUGGAGACGCUAUCCAUGAUUCCAGAAAUGACGCCUUGAAGAUUAUCUCUGCUGGUACACUGCUUGCACUAUUUGCAGUGUUAGGUCUCAAGUGCUUGCCUCGUAACAAGUCACUUCCUGCUCUUAGGGGCGAGUAUGGGUCUGUGGCGGUUGUUGACUCCAUUGAUGGUCCAGCGGCAGAUGAAGAGCCACUGGAAAUCCCUAGGAUGGACGCGAAGUUGGCUGAAGACAUUGUUCGCAGGUGGCAAAGCAUCAAGUCCAAGGCUUUGGGGCCAGAACACACUGUCACGGCAUUGCAAGAGGUCCUCGGCGGCAACAUGCUGAAGGUGUGGGCGGACCGAGCUGCAGAGAUCGAGCGCCACGGCUGGUUCUGGGAGUACGCGCUCUCUGGCGUGACGAUCGACAGCAUCACCGUCUCCGUGGACGGCCGGCGGGCAGCGGUGGAGGCGACGAUCGAGGAGGUGGGCCGGCUUACCGACGUGACCGACCCUAAGAACGACGACGCGUACGACACCAAGUACACCGCCCGGUACGAGAUGACCUACUCCAGGCCAGCAGGGUGGAGGAUCACCGAAGGCGCAGUCCUCAGGUCGUAGGUAGAACGGCUGUGCUUGUGCAGCUGCAGCAGGAGUAGGCGAGUAGCGGUAAGCUCGAUUCCCAUUCUUUUCUUUUCUUUUGGCAGCGUGUGUAAAUAAACAGUGUGAGCACUGGCUCGUUCCAGUACUAGAAAGCUUGGUUAGGUUGCUGAGUGAUGAGCUCCUGAGGUCGAAAUUUGUCAUGUAGUUUUUAUUGAUAGAUAAUUUGGUGUUACUAUUGCUGGGUCAGAUCCUCUGAAACGAUUGAUCUUAAUGAAGGCGGCAGUGCAUCACUGCUUACCACA